CUUAAACUCGUUGGAUUGGGACGCAAGAUGGACCAUGCCAAGGCCUUCCUGGACUUGUUGGGGUCAUCGACGGACGCGAUCUCCGACGCCCAGGUGCGGGACUCCUUCCGAGCCGAGUAUGACAAGCUUCCAGGAGUGAUCAAUGAACUCGUUACGGAUGGUCGCAUCAAGAUCUUUCAACAAAAUGGCAACUUGAUGUAUGGCCUAGUGGCCAAGGAGGAAGCCGAACGCAUGCGUGGUCUCACGGUUGAACAACGGGGGGUGCUCCAUGAGAUUGAAAAAGCUGGCAACAAAGGCAUCUGGACACGAGAUAUCAAGGCGAAAACCAACAUCCCGGAAGUGAUCAUCCGUAAGACGAUCCGUUUGCUCGAGACGCGCCAUCUCGUGAAGGCAGUCAAAUCAAUCAGUCAAAAGAACAAGAAGCUGUACAUGCUCUUCGAUCUCGUGCCAUCGCGAGAUAUCACGGGCGGACCAUGGUACAACGAACAAGAGUUUGACCACGACUUUAUCGACACUCUGCGAAACUUUGUGUGCCAGUUCAUCCGCGCCAAGGGCAUCGUCACCCUCAAGCAAAUCACAGAUAAGGUGCACGAGUCUGGCAUCGCCAAGGUGUCGCUAGGCCCGGACGAAAUGAUGUCCAUUCUCAACACACUCAUCUACGACGACCGAGUCGAGGAAGUUCGGGCGGCAAGGCUCGCCAGCGGGGAAUGGCGCGAAGUGUCUUACAAGGUAUCCCGUGAAGUGACGGACUUUGACACGCUGUCAGACACGCCGUGCGGGGUGUGCCCUGUGUUCGACCAGUGCGCGGAUGGAAACAUCAUUUCACCAGCCACGUGCAUCUACCUCACCAAGUGGUUGGAUAUCAAGGACGAGUUUUAAUAGAGUGCAUUCACAUGACGGUUCAUUCGC